AUGAAACAACUGUAUAUUGGCCACUCCGACCGAGUGGACUUGAUCAUAGAUGGCGAUCUGUAUUCCGAGCUAGUGGAAGAAGGCCACAGAAAAGAUAAUAGUCCUUUUGUCCAAGAAACUAAAAUGGGUUGUAUAUUGUCUGGCAAGAUGCAGCUGAAAAAUAAAUCCCUGAAAUAUCAAUUUGCCGUGACUAAUUUCGAUAGAUUUUGGAAGCUCGGAGAGAUAGAAACGCUAUCAAGUCCGUCGGUGACUGGUGUAUGCAGAGUAAUUUUUGAGUUACUUCCCAAGAUGCAAGCAUUGUUAAUAUGCAUUUCAUUAUUGGCCUUAACAGCUGGAAGGCAUAUUCAAGAUAUUCAUUCAGGUCCCAAGAGUACAAAUGCAGAAAAUUUACGAAAUUCCAACAUUGGAGAUAUUCUAACCGCUGGCAAAGUAUCACCACCACAUGAACAGAAUAAGGAAUAUUGGUAUAAUGUGGCCCGGGAGCAAUUACAGCAACGUAUCCGAACCAAUUUGAAUACCAAUGAAGCCAAAAAUGUGAUAUUCUUUUUGGGUGAUGGUAUGUCGUUGACCACAGUGACUAGUGCACGGAUAUUGAAGGGUCAAUUGCAGGGUAGACCAGGCGAGGAGGAACAACUGAGUUUUGAGAAUUUUCCCUAUGUGGGAUUAAGUAAGACAUAUUGUGCCAAUGCUCAAGUACCCGAUUCCGCCUGCACCUCCACAGCCUAUAUGUGUGGCGUUAAGGCUAAUAUUGUCACCCUGGGUGUAAGUGCUCGAGUCAACUACAACAAUUGCACUGAAAGUAUGAAUCCUGAAAAUCAUGUAUCCUCCAUUGUUGAUUGGGCCCAAAAGGCUGGCAAAUCAACGGGAUUCAUUACCACAACCACUCUAACUCAUGCCAGUCCCUCGGGCAGUUACGCUCAUGUGGCAAAUCGUUUUUGGGAGUGUGAUAGUGAUGUAACCAAAUGGACUGGUAUCACUGAUUCUAGCCAGUGUAAGGACAUUGCCCAACAGCUAAUCACACAAGAACCAGGCAAACAUUUCAACGUUUUAAUGGGUGGUGGUAUGGGUAAAUUUUUACCCAAACACAUAAAGGAUUUUCAUGGAAAGAUGGGCGAGCGGUCGGAUAACAAAAAUUUACUCUCCACCUGGCAAGCUUUGCAUCCCAAGGGUGUGGUGGUAACUGAUAGACAAAGUUUAUUAAACCUUGACAUAAAUAAGCUGGAGCAUAUUAUGGGCCUAUUCCAACCCGGUGUAAUGGAUUUCCAUGCCAAAGCCAAUCACAAGAAACAACCAAGUUUCGCAGAAAUGACCGAAGUAGCCAUAAAGUUGUUGAGUAAAAAUCCCAAGGGAUAUUUCAUUUUCAUCGAAGGGGGUCUCAUUGAUUAUGGCAAUCAUAUGACGAAUCCAGGUCUAAGUACUUCGGAAACUUUGGAAUUCGAUAAGGCUGUACAGAAAGCCCGAGCUAUGACCAAUCUAAAUGAUACUCUAAUUGUGGUUAGUUCCGAUCAUGCCCAUCCAUUAAGUAUGGGCGGUUUUGCGAAUCGCGGCAAUGAUAUUUUGGGCAUAGACUAUUCUUUUCCAGAUGCCAACGGUCAAUACUUUGCCACGCUCAAUUAUGCCUUGGGGCCCAAUCAAUAUCUAGAUGACAAAGGAAAACGUUUGGAUUUAUCACAGUUCUUGGAUAACAAUCAUUGGGCCGUUCAUCCAAGUUAUAUCAAAUCGGAACUGGGUGUUCAUGGUGGUGAUGAUGUGGGUGUGUAUGCCUCUGGACCUUAUGAGCAUUUAUUCCGCGGUGUUAUUGAACAACAUACAUUGCCACAUCUAAUGGCGUGUGCAGCGGGUAUAGGUAAUGGUCGAACAGCUUGCAGUGGUAGGAAGAAUUUGUAA